CGUAAGUCAAAUAGGUCAGUUUAAUUUUACAGUAUCACUCUAAAUUUUAAAAAGAUUCGUCGAGCAGUAAGGUAAAUUAAUGGCAGAAAACGUAACUAGCGUUCGCUCUGUGGAAGUUUUGGUAGCCAAACCGUAUAAAUGAGAGAAAUCAUGAAUAAUUUAGAACAAAUAAUUUCGAAAUUAACGUUAAUACAGCGCCUGUCUUCGAAAAUUUUGAACAUGUCCGUGAUAAAUCGGAAACGACACCGGCCGACUUAUCUGCAAGUUGCGCCUCCAAUCAAGCCCGUUAAAGGAAAAUUCACAGUUACUAUGUUACCAGGUGUAGCAACUGGCCCGCAAAUGAUGGAAUACAUCCAAGAAGUUUACAAAGCCGUUAACGCGCCUAUAAUCUUCGAAAGGAUAGACGACAUGAAAGCGACCGAUAAAAUUCUAGCUUCUAUUCGAAAAAACCGAGUCGCCAUUAAAGGUCACAUUCCGGAAAUACCCGAAACUGCAUCUAACAUAACAUUGCGCAGUAACCUGAACAUGUAUGUAUACAAAGUUCAUAUUGUAAGCUACCCGAACGUGAGAAGUAGGAUUCAAAAUAUGGAUAUAAUAGUAUUUAGACAGAACAUAGAAGGGGAAUAUUCGCUUUUGGAGCACACCCCUAAGCCAGGAAUAGUGGAAGGUUUGAAAAUAAUAUCGAGGAAAACGACGAGGAAAUUCGCCCAAUGGGCGUACGGCGUGGCGAGGAGAGAAAAGAGGAAGAAAGUAUCGAUUGUGCACAAAGCGAAUAUAAUGAAGCUAACGGACGGGCUUUUCAUGGAGACCAUCGAGGAAAUCGGCAGGGAUUAUCCGGAGAUAAAAACGGAGAAAGUUAUAAUCGACGAUUGCUCUCACAAAGCGGUGAGAGUGCCGCACUCGUUCGACGUUAUCAUAACGCCAAAUUUGUACGGGAACAUCUUGAUUAGCAUAUUUUGCGGCCUGAUCGGCGGUCACGGGCUCAUAUCUGGGCAAAAUUUCAGCGACGAAUGCGGCAUUUUCGAGGUGGGACUGCGCCACUUGGCGUUUGAAGACGAAAUGUAUGUCAAUCCAGUGGCAAUAAUCAACGCCGGUGCCAAUUUAUUGUUAUUUUUGAAGCAAGAUUAUUUGGCCAAGAUCAUAUUUAAAGCCGUCUAUUUGACGCUGGUAGAAGAUAAAUGCCACACUCCUGACUUAGGCGGGAAAGCGACCAGCAGUGAAGUCGUAGAAAGAGUUAUAUGUCGACUCAAAGAGCUAGCAGCGCGUUCUCAAUGCGCGGGAUAACAAUGAAGAAAGAUAUUAUAAAUUAAAAAUGUUAUAAGGAUUAUAAUUGUUACGGCUAACGUGGAAAAUUACAUAACAAAUGCAUGGUUGUUAUGAAGGAAUUAGCUUUUUCUAUCACUAGCUAACUGACCCUAAUCUAGCCGACCGUUAUUCUAUUAGAAAGAGCUAAUUUCUUAGUUUCUCACUAACUUAGUAUCCAUUUUAGCCCAGCAAAAUAAAUAUACCAAUAUCG